AACUCUUGUCAUUGGCCAAACGGAAACGCAGUGACUCUGAAGAAAAGGAGCCACCUCUGAGCAAACCUACAGCAUCUUCAGACUCUGAGACGUCAGACAGUGAUGAUGAGUGGACUGUGGGAGGUUCUAAAAACAAAAAAAAGGGAAAAGCGGGUAAGGCAGAGAAGAAAGGAGCCAUGAAGAAACAGAUGAACAAAGCUGCCUCCUCAGGCAGCUCCGAUAAAGACAGCUCGGCUGAGAGCUCAGCACCUGAAGAGGGAGAAGUCUCUGACUCGGAAAGCAACAGCUCGUCAUCUAGCUCAGAUUCAGAUUCUUCAUCUGAAGAUGAGGAAUUCCAUGAUGGCUAUGGAGAAGACCUGAUGGGAGAUGAGGAAGACCGAGCUCGACUAGAACAAAUGACGGAAAAGGAGAGAGAACAGGAGCUGUUUAAUCGGAUAGAGAAGAGAGAAGUGCUAAAGAGAAGGUUUGAAAUCAAGAAGAAACUAAAAACGGCAAAAAAGAAAGAAAAGAAGGAGAAAAAGAAAAAGCAAGAGGAAGAGCAGGAGAAGAAAAAACUCACGCAGAUCCAGGAGUCCCAGGUCAUGUCACAUAACAAAGAGCGACGAUCAAAGCGGGAUGAGAAGCUAGACAAGAAAUCUCAGGCAAUGGAGGAGCUAAAAGCAGAAAGAGAGAAAAGGAAGAACAGAACAGCUGAAUUGCUUGCAAAAAAACAGCCAUUAAAAACUAGUGAAGUAUACUCUGAUGAUGAGGAGGAGGAGGAGGAUGAUAAGUCUAGUGAGAAAAGUGAUCGCUCAUCCAGAUCCUCAUCCUCUGAUGAAGAGGAAGAGAAGGAAGAAAUUCCUCCCAAGUCCCAGCCAGUGUCCUUGCCUGAAGAACUGAACCGAGUACGGUUAUCACGGCACAAGUUGGAACGCUGGUGUCAUAUGCCCUUCUUUGCCAAAACAGUCACUGGCUGCUUUGUCCGUAUUGGCAUUGGAAAUCACAACAGCAAACCUGUGUAUCGGGUUGCUGAAAUUACUGGAGUGGUAGAGACUGCUAAAGUUUACCAGCUUGGUGGUACCCGGACAAACAAAGGGCUACAGUUGCGGCACGGCAAUGAUUCGCGUGUGUUUCGUUUGGAGUUUGUCUCAAAUCAGGAAUUUACUGAAAGUGAGUUUAUGAAGUGGAAGGAAGCGAUGUUCUCUGCUGGGAUGCAGCUACCCACACUAGAUGAGAUAAACAAGAAGGAAGUGUCCAUCAAAGAAGCCCUCAACUACAAGUUUAAUGACCAGGACAUUGAGGAGAUUGUGAAAGAGAAGGAAAGAUUCAGAAAAGCACCUCCAAAUUAUGCUAUGAAGAAAACUCAGCUGUUAAAGGAGAAGGCUAUGGCUGAGGACUUGGGGGACCAAGAUAAGGCCAAACAGAUUCAAGAUCAGCUUAAUGAACUGGAAGAGAGAGCAGAGGCCCUGGAUCGACAACGAACAAAAAACAUUUCUGCAAUCAGUUACAUCAACCAGAGAAACAGAGAGUGGAAUAUCGUUGAGUCUGAGAAGGCUCUUGUGGCUGAAAGUCACAGCAUGAAAAACCAACAAAUGGACCCCUUUACUAGGAGGCAGUGCAAGCCCACGAUAGUGUCUAAUUCCAGAGAUCCUGCUGUCCAAGCUGCCAUCCUUGCCCAGCUAAAUGCAAAAUACGGAUCUGGUGCAUUACCAGAUGCUCCAAAGGACAUGAAUAAGGGUCAAGGGAAGGAUAAAGAUGUGAACUCUAAAUCAGCCAGUGACCUCUCAGAAGAUCUUUUCAAAGUACACGACUUUGAUGUAAAGAUUGAUCUUCAGGUUCCUAGCUCAGAAUCUAAGGCACUGGCCAUCACCUCCAAGGCUCCACCAGCAAAAGAUGGUGCCCCUCGGCGAUCACUGAACUUGGAGGACUACAAAAAGAGGCGGGGGCUUAUUUGAGCAUGCCCACUCUGCUGCUUCUGAUCCUGCAUGCUCCAUGACGAUGUCCUACCUUUUCUUCCUCCCUUUUCAGUUCUCCCUUCUGGGUUGGAGCAGCAAUGGAGCUGGGAAAAGACUCUUUAAAACUGCCAGUCAUCUGUAACAUAAACCAUUCAACUAUUUACUGUAUAGACCUCCCUUCUUGCCCUUUCUUCCUGCCCCCCUCACAAAUGUGGAUCUGUGCUAUUUGGGGUUUUCCCGUUUCUUUUAGUUUGAGUUUUGUUUUUAUUUUGUUGAUGCAGCUCGUUGGUCCACUCAGUGUUCAGUAUUAGCCUGAGGUCUGGAUUUCCAUAGGAAUCUCUUGGUGAUCGCAGAAUCAGCACUUGGUGAUCUCCCCUUACAUACCACCACAGGCAUGGUGAAUAAACAUUGGCGCAAGACCUUUGUGGCUGGAAGGUCAUCUGCACUUUCUUCCUCCUCUUCUUCCUCCUUCAUCCUAGCAUUGGAGAAGGGAAUCUUCAAAAACUGGCUUAGGUUCAAAGUGUAAAUUUUUUUGGGAGGGUUGUGUGACUUUUUUUCAGGUGUUUUUUAUCAUUUUUAAGCUGCAGUACUAUUUGUAUCCGUCUGUCACAGUUCUUUACGGCUGUUUUGAAUUUCUACCAGCUGUACUUGAGCAUCUGAAACUACAAGAAAGAAACUCAUUAAAUGUGAUUCUUCUUACUAAAA